ACUUUUUGGUCAAAUCAAUAUGGUGUCGCCCUGUAAGCAAUGUGAGUGUAAACAGCGGCUCACCUUUGAGACACUGAAUAGUAUUUUAUCGGCUGAAAUAUAACAUCAAACCUUUAUUAAAUCGUAAUGGCUCUCAGAGUUUGUGCUCGGCUCCUCAGAGAGUCCGCUCUCAUCUCCUCACGAGCCGCCAGGUCCGCGCGACAGGAAAGUACGUCAUGGUUUCUGACGGCAGGUCAGAUUUUUCAUCUUCUUAUUUAAUCUUUGUGUUUUAAAGUAAACGCUUUGUUUGGUGAUGUAGCACGGAAUGAUUUAAAAGGAGAUACGGCGAAUUCAGUGUCGUUUUUAGGGUUGUUAUAGUAAAAAUCCGGGUACCCCUGAGGAAAUGUUUGCUAUAUGAAUAAAACAGGGACCAUGAGACAUUAAUGUGACUGAGUGACCUCUGCAGCAGUUGGGACAGAGGGAUUUACACCUCAAUAUUUGUCUCUUCUUCUACUUCUUUAAGUCUGUCAAGGAAAUACACUCACCCAUGCUUUGUUUCCUGUGUAAAAGUGCUGUUUGGGUAGUGGGUCCUAAAGGAUACAUGGACUGAUGUGUUGGGCUGAUGCUGAGGGAGAUGUAGUGAAAAAAUCCUUUCAUGUAGUCUGUCAAGCACAUACACUGAUAAUGUACGGUGGCCGAGAAUUGCCACUGCUGCAAUUUAAAUAAAAAAUAAAAAAGUCAAUGGAAGUUACCAAUGCAAAAAAAAGAAGCCGAAGCCCACUGCAAAUAAAAAAAACACAACAGAAGUAAACGAGGGGGGCGAUGAAGAAAAAAAAAGUUACUUAUUGUGAAAAUAAAAGGAUGCAAGGCACCAAUAAUGAUAAUGCACCUGUGUUUUGGCCUGAGUCGAUACGAAGUUGAACUGGAGGAUGCUGGUGUAGUGUUGGCUUUAGUCCAACUUCAUAUUGACUCAGGCACUACAUGGCUCAACUGAAUGACACAUUGAAAAGCACACGAAGCAAAAUUAAACAAUAACCUUUCCACUUACUUCUUUGCUUGUCUUCUCGCCGUCAUCUUCUGUGCCUAGAUCGUAAAACACCAGUGCAUCAUCAUUAUUGGUCCCCGGUAGCUCACUUCCGUUGUGGCUUUUUUUAUUUGCAUUCUUUUAUUUUCAAAGUAAGUAAGUUUUUUUUUUUUUGUAUCACUUUUUUUUGUUUUGUUUUGCGUCAUUAACUUCUGUUUUAUUUUUAUUUUUAUCUGCACUGUUUCUUUUUUUAUUUGCAGCAGUGGCGGUUCUCGGCCACCAUAGAAUUAACUGUAUGUGAUGAAAUUAUGAAAGCAGAUGGUUUUUCACCGUCUGUGGUUCUGAAAUUACAAAAAUAAGAAGAGAAAAACUUUCUGAGUGCAUCAUGAAACAGUCUGAGUGACAUUAGCAUCCAGAUAGAUAGAAGUGCUCCAGUACUUUGCAGCCAUGUGAGCAGAAAAGUGACAUGGUUAUUGUUGUCUUUACAGGAAACCCUGCCUGCAGCCGAGGAGGAAGGAGUGGACUUAACUUCACUCCUGCUUGUUUUAUUACAUCAGAGGCGUUUCUAAACACACUGCUGAAAGGGAAAGAAGGGGAGGCGAGCAGCAGUCUUUACAGAGAACCAGCUUCUGUUCCUCCAGACAGCGGUAAUCAGAGCACAUCAUAACAUCCCUACAUGCAUUGAACUAUCCCUGCUCUGGCUCCUUUUUGUCACAUAUUUACAUUUAUUUUUACCCUUGUGAAUUUUUUUGUGAUUUCAGGUGAACAGUUGUCUUUGUUACUGAAAAAUCCAGAUCAGCCUGAAAAUUCAAAGGUUUUAAAAGUGUCUAUAAUCGGAUCUCCAAAUGCAGGGAAGUCGACAUUGUCCAACCAGCUCCUUGGAAAAAAGGUCUCUGCUCUCUCCGAGUGACUUUACACCUGCACUCUUCAAUCUGUCUGUCUCACUCAUUUUUGUAUCCAAUGCUUUUUCUUCUUGAAGGUGUUUGCGGUGUCAAAAAAAGUACAUACUACUCGGACACGAGCCCUGGGUGUCCUAACAGAGGAUGACACACAGAUAGUAAGAGCCCUCUCACUUCUUUUCCCUCAAAAUGAAACAACAGAAAGUAGAAGCCAAAAGUCAGUAUUGCUUGUGUUCUUUUUGUAGAUUUUACUGGAUACCCCAGGUCUCACAUCUUUGUCAAAAGUCAAAAGGUGCAUUAUGUUUUUUUUAUAUAUAUAAUCGUUAUUUCAGAAAUUUGGUAGCAGUAUUUUUGAACAAUGUGAUAAAUAUACGGACCAUUUGUUUCCACAGACACCACCUAGAGAAGUCUUUGCUUGUGGAUCCCUGGAACACAGUCGCAGAAGCUGAUCUAGGUAUGAUUUCAGACUCAGUCUAAGUUUUUUUGUCAGUUCCACUUGGGCCAAAGUUUACUCUCUGCAUGUCUGUGUAUAUUUCAUUCACCAUUGAUUUUUUAAAGGUCCUAUAAUCUGAACUUUGUCUGCUCUCAGUGGUGGUUUUGGUGGAUGUGGCUGACAGAUGGGCACGCCACAGACUUGACUUUGAGGUGCUGAAAUGCCUCACUCAGCAUGCUAAUAUCCCUGCUAUCCUGGUCCUAAACAAGGUAAUCACCCUCAAAAAAACAUACACAUAUUAAGAUGUAAUCAGGUGUCCUUCACACAAACAAUAUCAUGUCAUCUUGACUGCAUAGUUAGCGCUGAUAGAUCCUCCCAGAGUCAGACUCACAGGGACUUUUUGUUUGUGCUCUACAUAUUUGUUAUAUAUUGUCUGUUUUUCAAUGAACAAUGAGUUUUGACGUAUUCAAAUAGCUGUUAUGGGAGAUUUGUUUAUGUUGCAGAUUAUUGCACAUCUAGAGCUAGUGACCAUUUCAGGAUCAGGGGAGUGUAUUUGAAACUGAAUUGUAAUCAACUACAGUGUCCAUAUUGAUCAAUUAAGUGAUGAAAGAACAGGGUUGUAUGGCACAGAGGAACUGGUAAAGCUGGUUUUGACAACACGGGCAGUCCUCUUCAGCAACUGUGUUUUUCUGUUGGUUAUGAUUCAAUCAUGGGACAUGUAGACGAUUAAAGAAAAAUUCAUCAUGAGCAGGCUUUUGCUGCACACCAGACAGGCAUAAAUGCUCCCCAAAAUUAAAGACGAGACACUGAACUUUGUCAGCAAUCAUGUAUAAUUGUGAGAUACUGGUAUAAGCAGUUAGAGAGCUGUUCCUCUGUUUUGUGUCAAGGUGGACAUGCUGAAAACCAAGGACAGACUGCUGGAUAUCACUGCAGAGCUGACAUGUGGAAUCGUAAAUGGACGCAAAAUGCGGGUCAGACCUGUGAUAAAGCCUCCGCGGGCUGAAAAGAGGCUGCAGAGACAUUCAGAGUCUUCGCUUGAGGAGGAAAAUUCCGAGCCUGAGGGCAGCUCAGAUUCAAUCUCUCUGCUGAGCAAAGAGCAGCUGAAGGCGCUGAAGGGUCAGCAGGGCUGGCCUCACUUCAAGGACGUCUUUAUGCUUUCGUCUGUGGACAGAGAGGAUGUCGACACUCUGAAGGUACACUUUAGAUAAUACGAACAGUGGAUAAAGUGAUAUUAUUUAUCAUCAAUGCAUGGUAUUGCUAUCAUCAUUCUACAUUUAUGAUGGUACACAUAUCACACUUGGACAGAAACUGAGUGAUUGAUUAGAACGAGUCUUCCCGCGUAAUAAAAACAAAUGAACACUGAACUAAAGAUGAAUGGUUCUCAUAAAAACCUCAUCUCUCAUCCCUCGCCUAAAAUAUUUAAAAUCCUCGCGAUAGACAAGAAAAAAGCAAGUUAUCAGCUGGUAUUGUUAGAACAAAAAUCAAAAUAGUAGAGCCAGUUGUUUUUAUGUUGAGAUAUGUUAAAGUAAUAUGGCAAAUGCUAUAAAAUGAAAAUGGGGAUGAUAAAAAAAAAAGAAAUAAAUAUAAAAAAAGUUUAUUGCAGAAAAAAAAGAUCAUAAGUAAUAAAUAAGAAGUGAAAAAAUGUUUUAUUUCUGUUCGCAUGCAGCUUUUACACAAAAAAGCUGCAUCAGUGUAUAAUUUAUUUUUUCAUUCUUCUUUUUUUUGUAAAUGUCAGCUUUAGUUUUGUUUAGUUUCUUCUUUUUGGUAUUCUAUUUUUGUGUUGCUGUUUGUUAAAGUUGUAUAUCUGAUGACAAUAAUUCAGCUUUCAUCUCUCUGUCAUAGAGUUACUUUAAGGCAGCAGCAAAGCCCGGCUCGUGGCAGUACCACAGUGAAGUCCUGACUGAUCAGAGUCCUGAGGUGAUCUGCACCAACAUCGUAAGAGAGAAACUUCUGGAGAAUCUGCCACAGGAGGUGCCCUACUCAAUGACACAGGUGAGGAACAAACUUACAGACAGUCAUGUUUGAUGAAAGCUGACAGCAAACUGACUCUGCUCAUCACAUCUCGCUGCACGGUUUCUGCGACUUAUUUCAAGUCUUUCAUUCUCACUUUCACUUUAAAUGCUGACGCAGGCUUUGAUGUACAUCCCUUUUCCUGUCACCUUCCCCUGCUUCACUCCUGCUUUCUUUCUGUUCACUGUCUGGGCUUCUCUUAAAACAUGCCGCUCUACUUUGACAUGGUGCUGCAGGUUGUAAUGGUGCAAGAUUCAAAGAGCUCCAUGACCCAACUCUUAAACCACUGUGCAAUCAAAACACAACCCUGACGAACUGAUGAAACCCUGAUGAACUGAUCAAAGCUAAAAAAGUAGUUGGAGUGCCAAAACCUGAUUAAACUGACUGUGAUUUUUGUUUCAAAAAAUGGUCCAAGAUGGGAUGUUUGUGGGCAUAAAUUCUGCUUUUAGUCCAUGAAACAGGAUUUUUGGUUCAAUCAAUCAAUCAAACUUACUUUAUGAAGCGCUUUUCCUACAAAGAAUGUAACGCAAAGUGCUUUACAGUUGAUUUAAAACAAAAAGGUAACUUCAAGAUUAACUCAGAGGUUUUGGUUCUAUGCAGGUAGCUUACUUCUUAUGAAUUUCUGCUGAACACUGUCGGGUAAGAGAUCAAUCUAAAGGAAAAAUAAUGCCUACAGAGGUGCAUUUGGUAUGGGGGGUGAGGAAUGACGUGUUGCAUAUAGCUGAGGGUGGAACAUAAACUCACGGCUGCUCUAAUGAGGAUUAUAGCCUCUGUUUUUAGGGCAUGUGCUGUAACUGAGAUAAAGUAGGACUCCAAAGUUUGUCUCUGGAAGUCCAUAAGUAAAACAUCUAGAAAAAUAAAUCUUUGUUAGGUUUAACGAUCAGUGUGGGAUCUUCGGAAAAUUUAAUCAUGCAGUUCAGGAAAAUAGAUCAAUAAAAAUAACUUUUGAACUUCAGUGUCGCCAGUUUAUCCUAAUGAGAAACCUCAAAAUCCACUUAUAGCAAUGACAAAUACAAAAAAGACAAAGACAUCGAUGAGGCAUCAAGGCUCAGUCCUCUGCAGCUUUAAUGUUAAGCUGAUAUUAUGAGAUGCUGCGUCCUCCUCUGGGCACCAUUCUGUGUUUGUGAUUCUCCAUCCUGGCUCCAUCCUCACAGUAACAUGUUAUUUUCAUGUUAAUCUGUACUCACGUCUGCGGAGGAGUUCUUUCACAGGUGCAGAAUCACACCUACCAGCUCAACCUGUAACACAGCCUUCAUGAAAUUCUGACAGAAAAUAGAACCAUAGAAAUGUGCCGCUCAAGAUCUCAGUUUGGACACGUGCAAUGAAUUCUGGGACAAGUUGAAAAGACUAUGCCAUAAGCCAACAGCUGACAUCUCCUCUUUCACAUCGACCUCAAUUGUCUUGACUUUUACUUACCUUUGAAUGUCUCUGUUUUCAGUCGAUUGAACUCUGGCAGGAUGGAGAGGAGGGUGACCUCAACAUUUCUAUGAAACUUCAUGUGAAGAAAGAAUCUCAAAUGGUGAGUGCUCUCUGAUAUUUCAUCGUCUUACAGAUGAAAGUGAAAGAAAGAUUUCUGAUUUUUUAACAGCUUUGUCUUCCCCUUCUAAGUGAGGUGUUUCAAGGUCUGAAAAUUUCCCAGCAGCCUGUUUGUUUUCACUAUCUGGACUUUAAAAUCAGCGUUUUUACACUUUUGGUGGUCACUUUUACAGUCAUCAGCUGUCAAGUCAAAGCGGCACAAAGAAACAGCUUUAAUAAAAAGAAUCACUGCCGUCCCACUUCCAGGUUCAGGUCAUUUGACUGGUCAAAGUGAAAUCUUUCCAGACACCUGUGUCCUCUCUGAUGGCUUGUGAUAUUUAUUUACCGCUCCUUGUACCUUCAGAUUCCUCUUUCCUUGUCUUUUUAGCUUGUAAAUAUUUGAGCAGCUUUCUAAAGCAUGCAUUUUUCAUGGCUGGGAAUAUUCAAAGCUCCAUCUGUGCUGAAUCACUUCAAGGGCGCUGACCUCUGAGUGGACCAACAUCACUCUGUAGCUUUUACCUUCAACUCUGGACGAACUACAGAAAUGUAAAAAGAGUACAACUCACAGGGAUGAUUGGCCAAAGAAAUACUCUCUUUUAUAUAUCGCUCCUACUUUCCCUCUGCUUUCAUGCCUGAUGUUUCUUUGGAUAAAUCUCAAAUGAGGUUUUUAUGUAAGAUUUAGAGUUUGAAAGCUUAUUUCAGUCUUGAACUGGAAUGAAAAUGAGCCUUUCACAACCUCUCAGUGAGGGCUGAAAGACUUUGAAUUAUGGAGUUUGUAAUGUAAGCAAUGACUGAGGUAUUAUUUGAAUGCUUGUAUAAAGAAUUUAAACUGGUUACGCAACAGACUGAACUAAAAAUGGUGUGGAUGACCCAAAAAAUCAACAAAACAAUAAGCACAAUCUUUGACUAUUUCCUGUACUCCUUUUUAAAGGCCCGUGAGGGGCUCAAACAAAGCACACUUAGGAAACAGCUUUUAAGACACUUUCUGUAGUUUUUGUGCACUUGGACUUUUUUUGUACUUUGACUUCUUCUUGUGUAUAUUUGAGGAAAACAUUUCACUGCUUUUUAUGUCGCAAAAAGGUUGCACUCUCCAUCAACAGCCUGACUUUAAGCUGAUUGGCUCACAUCUACACCCCGACAGCCUGAUGAGCUAACAUGUAGCAGAGGGAAGAACACGCAUGUUUGCUCCUAAGUCACAACAACAAGAAAUACUCUUGAAAAGUUUGUACAUUCACAGCUUUGUGGGUCAACAGUUCAUCAGUGAAACGUUGAGUUUAAAAUAAACAACGCUCUUAUCAACCAUAGUCAGUACAAACUGGACAGUUUACAGUGAAGUCUUUGCACAGCAGGCUGUCACGCGCUGCAGGGGGGGACUGUCCGACAGAGUGCCAGGCCAAAAAAAGAUGCAAGAAGAAGAACUAUGUAACUCCAACCUGAUUAUGUGUUACGAUCGCAAAAUGCCCUCACACAUAAAUGUUCUCAUGUUGGUUCUGUUUUAACUGUUAUCUUAGGUGUAAAUGCUUUUAUAUAAUCUUUAUUUAUAUCAUCGAUUACAAAGUGCUUUACAAGACAGGAAACCUAUAAAUCAACCCACGCAGACCAUAAAACCAAUAACAUAUUUGAACAUAAAAUCAUGACAUUUUAGGUUAAGUAAAAUCAGGAAAAACUCUCUGAUGAAAGUGAGUUUUAAGAAGUAACUUAAAUGAGUGCGCUGAGUCAGCCAACCUAGUAUCCUUGGCCAGGUCACUUCAGAGCUCAAAACGUUCUGUCCCCUUUUGUUCCCAGCCCAGUUUCUGAUAUGGUUAGAAAGCCCUACUCUAAGAAUCGUCAAGUGAGUACUGGAGUGUAGGGGAUUAAACUUGGGCAGAGACCAUGAACAGCUUUAAAAGUUAUGAAUAAAAUCUUGAAAUCGAUCCUAAAAUAUACUGGUAGUCCAUGUAAAAUGCUCAUACAGGCACAACAUGUUCAAUUUUUUUAGUUUUUGAUAAAAGCCUGGCAGCUGUGGUCUGUAGUCUGUCCAAGGAAGUUUGAUGAAGACAUGUAAAAAGACUGUCACAAUAAUUCAGCUGUGGAGAAAUAAAAGCAUGUAAAAUCAGCUGUGUCUUUAAAACGUAAAAAGGAUCGUAUCUGUCUGAUAUUUCUACGAUGAUUAAAACAUGACUGUACAAGUUCAGUGGUGUGGUGUUCAAAAUUCAAACUGCUGUCAAAGCAGAUGCGAAGGUUCUUUGCAACGGGUUUACGAUCCCCCAGGAGCCCAGCAGAAGGCAAGAUUUAUUUAGCCAUCUGAUUUUCGGAUUUCAGUUUUACUGGCAUUUAACGGGAGGGAAUUUUCUGACAUCCAGUUUUUUAUGUCAAGUAUACAGUCAUGCAGUGCACUCGGUGAUCCUGGGUCAGUGUCAGGUACAGUUGUGUACUCAGCAGUUAAAGCCCAGUUUGUGUCGACUUUAGCACCUCCUGUUGACAAAGUAAAUCUAUCAUUUAUCCUAAGAGAUUUACCUGGAGACUGAAUAAACAUGGCUGUUUCUUUAGUCGCUCUGCAAACACACACACACACACACACACACACCAGUUUCAGACAUUAAAAAUUACUGAUUACUAAUCUUAUUCCUGUUGCUUUCAGGUUUUAUAAAAAGGCAUCAAUAUGAAUUUCAGUCUGUUUCAUAAAUUUAAAAAACUCCUAUUUAAAAAAUAAUUGACAAAACUUAAAGCUCCUCAAGUAAGCAUUAAAUAAUUAUAAAUUCAAAAACAUCCUUCAAAACAAAGAACCUUUUGGGGAUUUUAAAUAGACCAUCUUUAACUUGACUUCUUAAAACAGAUCCUGUGUUGCCUGAUCUACCAAUAUUCUGCCUAUGAACAUUUUAUUCUGCAGGGUCCAUUUGAGUCUAACUUUCUGUCCUCAGGACUGAGUCUUACAGCUACACUAAUCUGUGAUCCUGUAGGCUCUGAAGUAGUUAUUGAAUUUUCUCUGUUUUUUUUUAUCAUCUACAGAAAAUGGUGAUCGGUACAGCCGGUCAGAUGGUAGCAAGAAUGGCCCGAGAGGCGAGUGAGGACCUGAGCCGUGUAUUUUUGAGGGAAGUAAAGCUAAAACUGUCGGUGAAGGUGAAGAAGUGAAGAGGAUGAAAGGUGAAAGAAGAUGGGAAACUGAUCCUCCUGGAUUUGAGAUGACUCUUUUUCUUUUAUUGUAUUUUUCUCUACAAAGGACAGACCUGAAGAGCCAAAUUCAGAGCUGUGAGGUGGCAAACUGCCAAAGUCCCAGAGCCCCCACUGAGAUGUUUCCAGUUUGUUGGAAAGAAAUUUGUUCUUCUCUUUGACUCUAAAUCCUCUGACUUUAUCAGCAGCAUCCUUUCAUGUAGUCUCUGAAGACAUUAUAGACUUUUGAUGUGAGGAUGCAGCUGAAAAGAUGUUAUUAUUGUGAAAACUGUGAGUGAUUGGAGCCCCAACUUAAAGAAAAACUUUAAUGAAGUCAUUAAAAUGGAAAAAAAUGUUCCAGCUUACGCAAGCAGAGGAAUUUAAUAAAAUGAACUAUUGGACGUUAUUUCGCAUUGAUAUAUUUUAGGAAACAAACAUGACACAGACCCUCAUCAAACGCAUGUUUUGACACAAGUUUGACAGUGUGUUCAUGGCUGAGAAGCUUUGGCGAGCUGUGAAAAGGCCGAUGGUUUAUCUUUGGCUCUCAGAGCUCUGUACUUGGCGGGCGUUUGGCGCCUCGUGGAACCUGCAUAGUCAUGUUCGCUCAGAUGUCCCUGAUGUACCAUCCGCCCCGUUCCCUCCACUCCUACAUCACUUUAGCCUUCUCCGCUGCCUUUGAAGUGUGGCCAUCCAUCCUUUGCUACUAUCACUUUUUGUUCCGCUGCUUUCUUUCCUUUUUCCUCCCCCCUCCCUCUGCGUUUUUGGCUCUUAUAAAGCCCUGCUCUGCCCCCGAGGGCUGAAUUGUCUCCCUAAUGGAUGGCAGAAUGGAGCACUAACCUGAUGCUAAAAUGGGUCAGAUAAUGGUGAUUGGAUUCAUUCCUGCUGCCUGUGAGUUAACUCCACCGUUACUCUAUCCGGGGCAUCUUGAUGAAUAACCAGCUCGUGGCCUAAAGCGAGGGUGACGGGAGGGAGGGGGAGGCCUUGAAUGUCUCACAGAAGCUGUGUCAGCCCCUCCAGCUCUCCUUGCUCUCUGCGACGGCUGCUUCUCAGUGAUUAGACAAGCCAGUUACGCAGCAGAGAUCACCACUUAGACAAGCCAACUGCUGCUAGAAAAUAUUAUAGCUGAUGUACGUCAGCCAGCACAUUAAAGUAAUCCUUCAAACGCGAGAUAUUUAGAGCGCUGACAACCGCUUUAGAUGUUUUUUUUUCUUCUGAAUAAAUGACACACUCAUUUGUUGGUGGGCCAUGAGCUUUAUUUCACAUACAUCCACAUGCACAUUUAAAAAAAGAAUCACAAGUAUCCUCCAGAAGCUCUUAAAAAAACAAGAAAACCAGCUUUCUUUUUAAUCCUCCAGGUCCAGAUGAGUUUGAGCAAGGGCCAUAGAACCCUUACCAUUACUGAAACUCAGUAAUGGUAACGGUUUGACGGCCCUCCUCAGCAGUGUGUGUGUGUGUGUCUCCGUGUGCAGGUGUCCCUUAGGUCUGAGUGUGUGCUGAAGAUGAAUGAAACCCUGGAUAGUACAUCAUCUAUACUGUAGUGUCACUUUAAUAAACUUACAGUAUAAGAUGAUAUCCUGUCCAGGGUGCAAGACAUCCCAGCUGACAGCGAGCUCCUGCUGGGCUUUUAUU